AUGGGCCUUCCUGGAUCUCCUCCAGGGAACAAUGGCAACAACUCGUCAAGCACAGUUGAAAUUAAAUGCCAAGCAGCAAACCCUGUGGUGGUGCAAGCAAGACCAACUGAGGCUCCUGGAAACAUGAUGUGUCCAUUUUGCAAGACCAAAGUUAUGACCAUAACUGAAUACAAACUGGGCAUGCUCACUUGGCUCAUUGCUGGAGGACUGUUCAUAUUUGGGAUUUGGCCGUGCUGUUUGAUCCCGUUCUUCGUGGGCGCUUGCAAGGAUGUGCAGCAUUCCUGCCCGCAGUGCAACAACGUUCUGCACGUCUACCGUCGCAUGUGACCCACAGUGGUCAAUCCUGCAGUUACUGAAAAUGUUGCUGAACCUUUUAAUUUUUUAAUUAUUCUGAAAUGCAUUAAAGCUUUGAGAAAAAACAACCAUUGUUAAAUUAUAAUGUGAAGUUAUGGGUUAGGGUCUUCCUGCACUGUACAAAGUUCUUUUUGAGCCUAUGAGCUGCACUGUAAAACUACAAUCCCCAGAGUCUACAAGAAUUGAUGCUGUCGUGGAAAUAACACUUUUGAACUUCCUAAAAAAAAAUUAUGGAGUGUUUUUAUCAGUUCAUCAUUGGUAAAUAUAUUUACAUCGUGUGGCCGACAUAUCACACUUUAUAGUCCAAAAAUAGGCUCUGCCUUUGUCAAGCUAACUAAAGACUCUUGCCUUGGGUGUUUUUGUUUAAAGAUAAUAUUGUUCAUCAUCUCAUGAGAAAUUGUGUUUCUUUAAGUAAAAGAGACAAAACUGUGACAGCCCAAAAAUACAGUUUACCUGGAAAGACCUGUCUGUGUGUGUGUGUGUGUGUGGGGGGUGUGUGUGUGUGUGUGUGUGUGUGUGUGUGUGUGUGUGUGUGUGUGUGUGUGUGCAUGUGUGUGCAUGUGUGUGCGUGUGUGGGCAUGUAUUUGAUACAUUGUUGGGUCUAUUUUACCAAAAACCUACUACAUUACUUUAUGACUAAAUGUGAUGACAUAAUAAACAUAAUAACAUUUUAUACAUUCCUCAUAGAGCUUUAAGCUGAAAUUUUCUGAGCACACACUGACAUGCAUUCUUUUGAAAAAUGAUCAAAUACCCAGUCAAUUGUUGUGGCAUGACUGGCAGACCUUACAUGCAUUCUGUUAUGUGAUUAAAAAAAAGAGAGAGAUUAAUAUGGAGCCUCAUGAGGUACAGGUCUACAUAUUGUCACUCGAAGGAGACAGGUUUGAUUAAUUUAGAUGUAAAAGUGAAGCAUACAAGAUUGCCACCAGGUUGAAACAAAUACAUAUAUUGUCAUCAGUGAUCAGUGUAGAGUUUUUGUUUUAGUAGUACCAAACUACAGUUUACUUCAUGUCAGCAACACUUUAGAGUAAAAGAAAAAAAAAGUGAAAAUGAAUAGUGGGAUGUUUUUUCAGACAUCUAAAAUUUUACAUUAUGGCUGGAUGUCACCAUCAAGUGGCCAGAUGCAAGCAUUACAUCCACUCUCUGUGUUCAGAAUACGUGGGUCCUCUGUUUCCAAAGAAAAUGAUUAUAUGAAAAAAAGUGUGUGUUUUUUUUUUUAUUGCACUCGGGUCAGUAUUGCACUGAGCCAAGUGCAAUACUUCUGCACUCGGCUCAGGAGUGCAGAUGUAUUGGAUAUAAGGAGAAUGCAAAAUUUCAUGCACUUGAAGACUACUUCAGAAAUCUGCUAAUUUUAUGUUUAUUCACCUCCAAUGAAG